AUGGACGACUUCACCGCAGAGAUACUCGCCGCAGGGCGGGGCCUUGACUCUACCGAGGACUCUCGUCGGCGUCGCGGCCAUGGUGAUGAUGAUGACAAGACACCUGCUGCUGGUGCCGACUCGAACUCUCCUUCGAAUACACCUUCAGGGUCAGAGACGCCGUCUCAGAAAACAGGCCUACGUGGAGGCUUUGCGGCUAUUCGUCAAAAAGCCAACAUACAGGAUCGAUUGGUAGAGAAACUUUUACAGCAAGUUAUACCUACCGAUGAUGAUGACCAGAAUGACGUCCAAUUUGUGGGUGACGAGCAAACACCCACUCAAACCGAAAGACCAAACUUCAAUAUCACCACUAUGUCCUUCAACUUUCGCCGUUUCAAUGCCCGAAUAGGCGUGGUCUUCAAGUUUCAGGCGCGCGUCGAGCGCAUCCUGUCCUGGAAACAGGCGUCACAUACCAUCUCCCUCCUCGCCGUCUACAGCUUUGUCUGUUUAGAUCCGUAUCUCAUCUUCGUGUUACCUAUCGCCAUACUUCUACUAGGGGUGUUCAUCCCCUCCUUCAUGGCAAGACACCCUGCGCCGCCGAAAGGUACGCUGUCAAGUGAGCAAAAUGUUGGAUAUUCACCCCAAGGGCCGCCUCUGGCGCCUGCGGCAACGGUAAAGCCGGUCAAGGAGCUCAGUAAGGAUUUCUUCAGAAACAUGCGUGAUCUACAGAAUUGCAUGGAUGACUUCAGUCGCGGGCAUGAUCAAGUCGUCUCUCUACUGGUACCAGUAACAAAUUUCAGUAAUGAAGCACUGAGUUCUACGCUUUUUUUAUUUCUCACAGUGAGCGGCAUAGCCAUGACUGUUUCAGCUCACCUUCUGCCUUGGCGGAUCAUCUUUCUUGUGGGCGGUUGGGCCAUCGUUGGUAUGGGUCAUCCUUAUGUUGCCCGCCUCCUUGCAGCUGCUCAUCGCGAGCACCUACAACCGCAAGGGGCAAAAGCACAAUAUUGGCUGGAAAACUGGACCAACUCGGAUAUCAUACUCGAUACGAGUCCUGAAACACGCGAAGUCGAAAUCUUCGAACUGCAGCGUAAAACCUCUGGCGGUGGCGAGUGGGAGCCCUGGUUGUUCUGCCCUUCUCCCUACGAUCCCCUCUCGCAACCUCGCAUCGCUGGUGAACGACCUCGAGGUUCCCGCUUUUUUGAGGACGUCAUGCCUCCCGAGGCAUGGGAGUGGAGUGAGAAGAAAUGGGCUCUGGAUCUCUGGAGUCGCGAGUGGGUUGAAGAGCGCAUCAUCACAGGUGUCGAAGUUGAAACAGAAGGUGAGCGUUGGGUGUAUGAUAUCUGGGACGAACGAGAUGAGCGCACUGGCGUCGUAGACCUUCCUGUCAACGACAAGGGAAAGCAGAAAGCGACAUCUAUGCCAAGCUGGGAAGAGAAUGAAGAUGGGAGUGGCAGGAGAGGAAACUGGAGACGGCGACGAUGGGUCAGGCUGGUGAAGCGUAAAGCAAUUCCGGUGCAGCCGAAUUGA